AUGCCGUCAACGGAUGAGGUUGCAGCCUUGAUUGUUGGGGACAUUGGGGAGUCAGAAGUUGGUAGAGAUGUUGUAGUGAAAAUGAAUGAUGGAUUUCUUUCAAACAUACAUGAAACUCAUACUGCUUCCAUUCCCUUGCACUAUCCGCUUAUAUUUCCUUAUGGUGAAGAUGGCUUCCGUGAAGAUAUUCCCAUUAGUGAGAUUUUUAGAAACAUGGGAAGCUACAAAAGAUGGAAAGUCUCUAUGAGGCAAUUCAUUUCAUUCCGCCUUCAAGACAGAAACAGUGAGUAUGGGAACAUUAUUUUUGCUAAGAGGUUGUUCCAACAGUUCGUCGUUGACGCAUAUACCAUGAUUGAAGCAAACCGUCUUUCAUAUAUUCGAUUUAACGAGAAAACCAUAAGAGCAUAUUAUUUAAAUGGGGUUGCAGAGGCAAUUGAGAAGGGAGAGACAGACCCGUCAUCUGUAGGAAAGCGGAUUAUAUUGCCUCCUUCCUUUACAGGAGGUUGUCGUUACAUGUUUAAUAAUUGUCAGAAUGCCAUGUCAAUUUGCAAAAAGUUUGGGUACCCUGAUCUUUUUAUUACAGCAACAUGUAAUUCACAAUGGGGGGAAAUUCAAAGGUAUGUCCGUGCUAGGAAUUUGAGAGCUGAAGAUAGACCUGAUAUUUGUGUUAGAGUUUUCAAGAUGAAGCUCGAUAAUCUGAUGUCUGAUUUAAGGAAAGGCACUAUAUUUGGUCCUGUUGAUGCAGGUAUGUAUACAGUAGAGUUUCAAAAACGUGGAUUGCCACACACGCACAUUCUUCUAUGGUUGAAACCCCGGUACAAAUUGAUAAUCGGAGAGGACAUUGAUAAAUUCAUUUCAGCUGAGCUUCCUGACCCGCAGUUGUAUCCAAAGCUUUACAAGGCCGUUUCCUCCUUCAUGAUCCACGGUCCGUGUGGGGUUAUUGAUCCAAAGUGUGCAUGCAUGGUUGAUGGCAAGUGUUCUAAACACUUUCCCAAAAAAUAUCAGAACUGCACUACCAUUGAUGAUGAUGGUUUCCCAAUUUAUAAGAGAAGGAAGACAGGAAUUACAGUGGCCAAGAAAGGAGUUCCUUUGGAUAAUGGUUUUGUUGUUCCCUACAAUCCUCGACUUCUGAUGAAUUAUCAUGGACAUAUCGACGUGGAGUAUUACAAUAAAUCGAAUGCAAUAAAGUAUCUAUUUAAAUAUAUCAACAAAGGCAGUGAUAGGGUGAAUGUUCAAAUUUCAAAUGUUGGAAAUGGUGAAUCGAACCAGGAUGAAAUUAAACAGUACUACGAUUGCAGGUAUCUAACUCCAUGUGAGGCAGCAUGGAGGACAUUUAAAUUUGAUAUCCACGAGAGAUGGCCGCCCGUGAAGCGCUUAUCAUUUCAUCUUCCCAGUGAACAGUGUGUAACUUUCAACGACGAUGAAGACUGGGAAGGCGUUGUUCAAAAUGUUCAACUAAAGAUACUCAAUUCUUAG